AUGACGAUGUACGAUACUAUAAAGAAUGAAGCAAGUGCCAUGGAAAUCACAUCUUUAUCAACGUCCGUGCAGAUUGAACAAGUAAGUUCAAAGCUUCUACAACCAAUCUACGAUGGUGAUCAACCAGUCUCAACCACAAAGUCUGUCCCUCUUACUGUCUUUGAUAAGUUGGCAGAUGACCAAUACAUACCAUCACUGUAUGCUUAUAAACCGCCAAACCCAUCAAACUCAUUCUUAGAACAAGGGUUGCGAAAGGUUUUGUCAGAGUACCGAGAAUGGGCUGGUAGGUUUGGUGAAGAUGAUAAUGGCCAGAUUGUAAUUCUACUCAAUGAUGAAGGUUUACGAUUCAUCGAAGCCUCCGCUGACUGCACCAUUGAUCAAGCUAUCCCUUUUACAGUAUCCACCAUGUUGAAACUCACCCCAAGCUUUGAAGAAUCGAAAGAAUUGGCUCUAGUUCAACUCACAAGAUUUACUUGUGGGUCUGUAGUUGUGAGUUUCUCAUCGAACCACAUUGUCUCGGAUGGAGUAUUAGUGAGCCAGUUCAUGAUUUCUUGGUCUCAGGCUUGCCGUGGACUCAAAAUCCACCCACGCCCUCUGCACGACAGGAACAUAUUCGUUCCUCGAAACCCACAUAGUGUUAAGUUUGAUCACAGAAGUAUUGAGAUUACAAAGAGGAAGAUCAAUGAAGACUCUACUACUAUGCCUCCUUACUCGAGAGAUGAUUUGAUACACCAAAUUCUUCACUUCACACCUGAGUUUAUAGCCAAGAUCAAGAAUAAGGCUUCUUCAUCCUCCUCAUCUUGUACAGGUGUGAAGGGUGUCUCCAGUUCACGCUAUAGCACUUUUGAGUGCUUGAUUGCACAUUUAUGGAGAGUGAUUACAAGGGCUCGAGGACUUUCCGAGUCUGACAAAACUUAUGUCAAAAUCUCAGUGAAUGGAAGGAGAAGGAUGAGACCUCCAGUUCCGCAUGAGUACUUUGGCAAUGUGGUGCUUUGGGCAUUCCCUGAAACUCAAGGGAAAAACCUUUUCGAUGAAUCUUUGAGCCACACUGCAGAGGUAAUACACGAUGCAGUGGAAAAUGUGAAUGAUGAGUACUUUAAAUCUUUCAUAGACUUUGCAAACAAAAAUCAGGAUGACGGCAAUCUGAUGCCUAUGAAAGUUCACCACAUGAAGGUGCCAUCCUUCUGGCCCAACUUGGAAGUCCAAAGCUGGCUUGGUUUUCCAUUCAACAAUGUUGAUUUCGGUUUUGGAAAGGCUUCCGUUGUUAUGCCUUCAUUUGAUCCUUUUGAGGGUGAAAUAUACUUGGUUCCUGCCGUUGUUGGUGAUGGAAGCAUAUACGCGCACGUAACUUUAUUCCAACAACAUCUAUCUCUCUUCAAGCAAAUUUGCUACAACAUCGACUAA